UUGGGGACGGCAUAAAAAUCAUAAUAAUAGGCUCAGGAUAUCUGAUCCUAUAUACCUUAACCCUGUGAAAAUCUCAGAUCAAAAAGCCCUAAAUCCGUUCGUACCGAAUUUGUAAUUUGUCAAGUUACGGGUUUGAGGAUUUAACUUUUUGUUGAUAUUUUGCGUGGUCUAUGAGUGGAAAGGAGAUGACGGAGCAGGAGUAUGAUAGCGAUCCAGAGGCGACAAAGCUUUCAUUGAAGAUGAGGAGGAGAGAGGCGAGUGAUGAUGAAGAGGAGGAGGAGGGAGAAGAGAAAGGGGAGCGGGGAGAGAGAGUUGUGCGGCCGAUCGAAUCGGAUGGGGAAUCGGAGGGUCAAGGCGCGGCGGCGGAGUACGAGGAAGGAGGAGAGGAAGAGUAUGUAGAAGAGGAAGAAGAAGAGUAUGAGAGGACUGGUGGCGGAGAGGUUGAAGAGGUGGCGGUGGAAAAGAUAGAAGAAGGUAAUGGAGUGAUUGAAGGAGAGUUAAAGGACGAGAAAAGAGGUGUGAGGAAUGAUGUGAGUGAGAUUAAUGAUGAUGGCCUUAUAGAUGAUGUUCAGCAGGAGGAUCAGAAGAAGGAGAUUGAGCCAUAUGCAGUGCCCAUAGCGGGCGCAUUUUACAUGCAUGAUGAUAGGUUUCGGGACAAUGUCGGUGGACAACACAGGCGAACUCUUGGUGGAAGAAAGUUAUGGGAUUCUAGAGACGAGAGGAAGUGGGGGCACGAUAAGUUUGAAGAGCUGACUACUCAUGAAUGGCAGUAUAAAGAGCGUAGGAAGACUUACGGGGGUCGUUCUCGAGGACGCGGAAGAAACAGAGGUUUAGAUCGUGGAUAUGAUGGAGAAAAUAGGCCCAGAGUUUACAAUAAUAAUAAUAAUCAAAAUAGUGAUAACAACCAGAACAAUGCAGUGAAGGUUGUCCGUGGACGAGGACCUAGAAGGUAUCAGCCAUCUUUCAAGAACACCAAUGAGGCGCCUCUCGCACGAAAUAAACAAUAUGUGAAAUCAGUUGGAAAGCCUUCACACUUUAACUCUGGGAGAACAAGAGCUCCUAUGCCAAGUGUAGAAUCUGAUGCUUUUCGUCCUAGGAAACAAAUGUUUGGAUCUAGUUUGAGCAUUGCCUCUCCUCCAUUUUAUCCCUCUGGUUCUUCCGCGGAAGAUACUUUGCCGCUUAAGAGGAAUGUACAAGCUAGCGCAACUAAUCGAAAUAUUCAGCCGUCUAUUGCUGAUAAGAGUUCUACCUUUGCUCAAUCCUCUGAAAUGAUGCGUGGAAAGAAUAAAGUGGACUCCAUUGGCAUGGAUAAACUUUAUAUUGAUGAUUCAGAAUCUGCUAAUAAGCCUUUGAACGCUCUGCAAUUGCUGCCAUCUGGUUCAUCAUCAUUUAAUUCUACUCAACCUCAGCAGUCAAGGGGUCAAGGGAGAGGAAUGACCUCCUUAACUCAAAUGGCUUAUGAACCAGUUUCUGAUAAUCAGGUCAACAGGGUUCCUCCAGCAAUCCUGCUACAAACAGCUCAGAAGAAUCCUGAUCAAAGUCGAGGUCUAUCUUCUUCACAAGCCUCUGGCCAGCAGUUUCUGCAGCAUCUUACCAGUGGAUCACAAGCUUCUUCUCCACCUAAAGCAGCUGUGCCUGUGAAUUCAUUUGAAACUGGAGAACUGGAAUUUCUCUCUGACUCUAGUAAAUCAAAGACUGCUUUGGCUGCUAAAGGAAAAGGGAGUGUUGAAGGCGGCGGAAGGGGCUCCUUUCUAUAUGGUGGUGUUCAGGUUAUAGGGGCAUCUGGAGAUAUGGGCAGUGGUCAUGGUGAUCAAAACUUCCCAGCUUUCUUGCCAGUCAUGCAAUUCAGAGGUCAGAAUCCUGGUGGUGGCGUUCGAGUGCCUGCUGUUGGCAUGGCCUACCCUGGAUAUGUUGCUCAACCUCAACUCGGAAAUUCUGAAAUGACUUGGCUACCAGUUUUAGCUGGUGCCUCUGGGGCACUGGGGUCAACAUAUUCUCCAUAUCAAUCUGUAGAUGGUUCAUAUCAUGCUCGACCAUCCGAACAGACAUCUUCUGCAGUGUCCACUUCCAGCAAAGAAACCAGUACAACUAAAGACAGUAAUGACUGGAGCCCCACACAGAGGCAUGAGGUGGCAAAUGAUGACUUUGGGCAGAGGCAAAAGAAUCCUCGUAGAUAUACGGAGAUGAAAUUUGACCAGUGAAGUAAGUAGAUAGGUGGAACCAGUUUCAGUGUGCAGAUUAAUUCAACUUCUUGCAGUCAGAAUCUCUUCCAUCUGUUGGGUAUUGUGGAGUUUCUGAGCUGUUCUUUUGGUGCUGCAAGCCUUGGGCCCCUUUGUGUUCUCCUGUUCUAAAAUUGGAGCGCAUUGGGCUGCCACAUGUUCUGGGAUAAUUUUAGGUAAUGGUUCUAUCUUUUGGCUUGGUUGUGAAGUUGUGGGGUGUUGUAUACUUACUUUCCAACACACAUUCCCCUUCAAUAUAAUGAUAGAUUCUUCAUGUCUUGUGUUAUUG